CUCCUGAUCCUGCCGAGCUCCACCUCUCAAUCAAUACCACUAGCAGCACUGCACACAAUGUCUGUGUAUCCACCUUUUGUCCUCGAUAAGUCAAGAUUUGACCAGAGUACUUUCAAUGGAAGAUUGAGACAUUUCAUUGAUAUUGUGGACCCAAGGACUUUAUUUACAUCCAAUCAAAGGCUAGAAGCAUCCGUUAAACUGCUGGAAGACUUUAAAGAGGGGAAGAUAGGCCCUAAUGUGACGAACAAAGAGUUAUGGGAAGCUCAGAAGAUCAAACAGGCUAUAAUUCAUCCUGAUACUGGGAAAAAGGUACCCCUACCAUUUCGGAUGUCAGGUUAUGUGCCAUUUGGAUCAGUCACGGUUGUGGGGCUUCUGUUACCAAAUCCAUCGUUUAGCCAGAUGAUAUUUUGGCAAUGGUUGAAUCAGAGUCAUAAUGCCGGUGUGAAUUACGCUAAUAGAAAUGCAACAAAACCAACUCCUACCAGCAAGUUCAUAUUGGGUUAUGUUGGAGCUGUCACUUCAGCAGUUUCUAUUGCUGUAGGACUCAGCAAGCUUAUCAAAAAGGCUCAAAACCUAAAGCCGGUCACCAAAAUAUUAAUUCAGCGUUUUGUCCCUUUUCCUGCUGUAGCAUCUGCUAACGUCUGCAACGUUAUUCUGAUGCGUAACAAUGAGCUGUCUGAGGGCAUUGAAGUUGUUGAUAAGGAUGGUAAUAGUGUUGGGACAUCUGUUGUAGCAGCAAAGCAAGCUGUCUUUGAGACUGCCUUAACAAGAAUAUUCCUACCAGCUCCAAUCUUAGUGCUUCCUCCAAUCAUCAUGUCAUUCAUUGAAAAGACUUCUUUCUGGUCUAACUAUCCACGUAUGAGGAUGCCUUUGAGUGCUUCCAUAGCUACACUUUGUUUUGCUGUUACAUUACCAGUUGCUAUUGCUCUCUUCCCUCAAUACACUAAAAUACCAGUGACUAAAUUAGAAAAAGAGUUACAAGAAGCUACAACAGAUUCUCACCUUUAUUACAACAAAGGGUUGUAGGUUUUUCAAUUGAUUUUAUUGCUGAUUAAUUUUUGUAACAUUGCAAUAAACUAAAUUAUUAUUUGUAAUAAUUUAGUUUGCUAUAUUUUAAUAGCAAAAAGAUUUUGUUAGUUUUAUAAUGCUUUAAAAAUUUUA